CCGGAAGUCCCGCCUGCCUCGUAGUCACUGCCGCCGCCGCCGCCGCCGCCUCCGCCGCCGCCGUCGUUGUUGUUGUUGUGGUUGGUGCGCUGAACUCCGCGGCUCCGAGAGCCGUCUGCGUCCUUUCCCCACCGCCGCCAUGAAGUGGAUGUUCAAGGAAGACCACUCGCUGGAACACAGAUGUGUGGAAUCUGCGAAGAUCCGAGCGAAAUAUCCCGACCGGGUUCCGGUGAUUGUGGAAAAAGUCUCAGGCUCUCAGAUUGUUGACAUUGAUAAGCGGAAGUAUCUGGUUCCAUCUGACAUCACUGUGGCUCAGUUCAUGUGGAUCAUCAGGAAAAGGAUCCAGCUUCCUUCUGAAAAGGCAAUCUUCCUGUUUGUGGAUAAGACAGUCCCACAGUCCAGAUCCUCUGGUGUUCCAGCAGCAGCCUGCCUGGUGCUGUGUGGCUUGGGCCUCUGUGAAUUCUGAGAGGGGAACCUGUCUUUUCAGAACCUAACUAUGGGACAGCUUUACGAGAAGGAAAAAGAUGAAGAUGGAUUCUUGUAUGUGGCCUACAGUGGAGAGAACACUUUUGGCUUCUGAGGACCAGUGCUGGGCUAGGUGCACCAUUCCUGCUUGUGUAUCUUGUAAAUAACCAGCCAUUUUCAGUUAUCCUACCAGAACCUAUUCACAUAGACCUAUUAGUGCAUUUGUAACUGGAUUUAUUUCUUAAUAUAUUGGAAGGUUUUGUUUCCUUAGACUAGUAAAUUAUCAUACAGAGUUUUGAGUUUUUCUUUUUGUGCACUGUCCUCAUGGCUACACUCUCCAGGGAACUCGUUCCUCUGGAAAUCUUACUUAAUGAAGAUAUUUCCAUACUGAAGUGAGGUAGGUGGGGAAUUAAAGUGCAAGGGAGGGGGAUGUUGCAUCUAUUCUGGAUUAUGUAUGAAGUGUUAGAUGGCUAAGUAUUAAAAGCAUCCAAAUUAAAUCCUUAGCAAUCAGAACACUUGCUUCACUAGAUUUUGCCAACUGCCAGUCAUGUUGGACUAAGCUAAUCUGUUCCUCUUUCUGAAACUAUUAAGGUAAAUAAUUAACAAUAAAACUUCCUCUUAUAAAGGCA